UGAUAAAUGUCAAAGUUUAGUCAUAAAUAGUCUAUUUAUUCCAAUACAAUAUUUUAACAUAUACUCUCAGUAACAAUAAUAAUAUUGUGAUUUUUAUAUAUUAGUUACUAUAGAAACGGAUUUUACACAAUGGGCAACGAGAUGUCAUCAUCUGUGAUGGAGAAGCACUUGUUCAAUUUGAAGUUUGCUGUAAAAGAGUUAGAACGCAAUUCCAAGCGAUGUGAAAAGGAGGAGAAACAGGAAAAAGCCAAAACCAAACAGGCCAUACAGAAAGGAAACAUGGAAGUUGCAAGGAUACAUGCAGAAAAUGCUAUUCGGCAAAAAAAUCAAGCAAUAAAUUAUUUAAGGAUGUCAGCUAGGGUUGAUGCAGUUUCUAGCAGAGUGCAGUCUGCACUCACCACUAGAAAAGUAACAAAUUCUAUGGCUGGUGUUGUUAAGGCAAUGGAUGCAGCUAUGAAGAGUAUGAAUCUUGAAAAGAUUUCAAACUUGAUGGAUAAGUUUGAGCAACAAUUUGAAGACUUGGAUGUGCAAAGUGGUGUCAUGGAGAAUGCAAUGUCACAGAAUGUUACAACCAUGGUACCUCAAAAUGAUGUGGAGAGUCUUAUGCAACAAGUUGCUGAUGAAGCUGGUUUGGAACUAAACAUGGAAUUACCGGAAGGUGUUCAAAACACUUCCGUCGGUAUUGGUACUUCCACAAAUAUGUCUCAGGAACAAGACGAAUUGUCUCAACGUUUAGCACGAUUGAGGCAAACAGAAUAAUUUUCACGUGGAAUAUAUAUAUAUAUAUAUUUGUUAUAGCGAUGUAAGGCGAAAGGAAAUCUUACUGUAUUAUAAAGAUAAUAUAUUGUUUGCUUAAUAGGCAUAAACAGAUUUUAUAU